AUGGUUAUGCUCGUGUCGCGCGCUGUAGCUACGGAGCAGGCCCUGUUUCCAUUAUCAUCAAGCUUUCAGAACUGGACAACAUUCUCUGGAGAUUCCCACCCUUUCCCCCUCAAUGACUCGACGUUCAGGCCGACCCAUGAGAUGUCGGGGUCAGUUCACACCUACGCCCCUGCGCCCGACGGCAGGCCUUCCAUGAAAGCACACUACCCGAAGGGGUCGUACAGACCUGACGCCGAUCCCAGGGGUGGUAUGUCAUUUUACGCACCUGGACCAGCGUCCGUUAACCUCUCUACCGCGACGCAUGCUACAUUUGCAUACUCCGUGUGGUUUCCUGCUGGAUUUAACUUUGUCAUGGGCGGGAAGCUCCCAGGAUUCUACGGCGGAGAGAAUGAAACGGUUGCAAUGACCUGUUCCGGGGGGAGCAGAAACACCGCGUGCUUUUCGGCGCGCCUGAUGUGGCGAACCAAUGGUACUGGGGAGAUGUACACAUACCUCCCUCCAGCCAAUGAAACGGGUUUCUCUGCAAACGGCAAGUUAUGCACAUUGCCGGAUUCAGAUUGCAAUGAUACGUUCGGGGCUUCUAUUGGGAGAGGCAACUAUACUUGGACGCCUGGGCAAUGGACCACUGUCGCUGAGCGCGUGAAACUCAACGACGUUGGAAAGGCAAACGGAGAGUUAGAACUCUUCUUAGAUGGGACGAGUGUGAUCAGCGUCAAUGGUUUGGUUCUACGAGGUACGAACCAAGGGAGGAUAAGAGGCCUUCAGAUGCAGACCUUUUUUGGAGGUCAUACCCCGGACUGGGCUACCCCAAUAGAUCAAGAUGUUUAUUUUUCUGAUUUCUCUGUCGCAAUUCUCAGCACUCAGGCUGCUUCGAAGUCAAAUGCGCAUCCAAAACUUACCAAAUGGACCAUAUACCUUUCGAUGAGCUGUUGGGUCGCUUUCUCGGUCAUUUCGGUGUUCUGA